GCUAACACUACAACAAGACUGCGUCUUGCUUCUCGUGCUUUUGUCUGCGCCUUGUUUUAGUUUGUUCACACAAAGCAAAUCGAAUCUCAGUCAAAGCUUUCACUGUCGAAGAAAAAUCCCGAUCACAAUCUACUCAGGGGCUUUUUGUGUAUCCGUGUGUGUGUGCGCCUGCUUGUGGUUAUGCAUGCAUGUGUGUAUGUUUCGAAGUGAAGCUACUAACCCUCACUAUACGUAAAUCGCGAGGAGCAAUCAUCUGCUGUAACUUACGCGCGCCUCGUACAAAAGACAAGCCCUAAGUGAAUACUUGUAGAGAAGAGCAGCCAGACUCCUGUGGUUGGGACUGUGCCGCUGCGUGUUUGUACCCAACAUAAAUCUCUCCUGUUUUUUUUUCCCUCUUCUCCUUUGGACACAAGCGUUUUUGCAAAGGAUAAGUUACUAUCCGUUGGCCUCCGUGCAGAGGUCUACCUGAGAGAGCUUUUCUGAGUCACAGGCGUUUGCAUUCCCUACGAGAGCAGGUCAUUUGUUUCGAAGAAGACGAUAACACUCAUAGAGCAUUCAAGAGUAUUUGCGUGUGUUCGCUCUUUUUUUUGCGCAGGCGAUACAAAAGCAGUCACCUUGGAGAACUGAGGUCAAGUCGGACGCGUUAUCUUUCUCCCCUCGCUCUUCACGCGUGUGCGAAUAUAUACUGCCAUCGUUUUGUUUUUCAUCUCAUCGUCGACCCUUUUUUCUUUCUUUCUUUUUCUUAGUCUUACUUCUCUUGUGCAGUGAUGCUCGCAAACUACAUUAGCCCUACCGCUCCUCCAGCGAAGGUGGGCCAGGUGGUGGCGUAUGAUUACCUUUACAACAACAAGACGUGGCAGUGGACGCUGGGGACCGUGCGUGAGAUCAACGAAUACACCGCCACCGUCCAGCAAUGGGGACUCCACACAGGCGACGCCGACACACUCCGCUCGAUUCUCUCACGCGAGGUGGAUGGGGAGGGCAACCGCAUGAAGAGCUUUCAGGAUUCUCUUGCACUCGCGCGUGACGCUUUGGCAUCCACUCGUCGCAACAACGAGGACCGCGUCUCUGCCGUACGUGACCGCUUCGACAAAGCCCGCGGGGCUCUUGAGCUGAUCGAUGAGGUUGACCUUCGCAAAGUCACCGUGCAAGCUGCCCCUUCUCCUGUUGCCGUCGCCGUGCUGAAGUCCGCCUUGUCCGUUGCGAAGUGUGACCCGACGGCGGUCGAGUUCUACGAGUGGGCCGACGUGCAGGUGGAGUACCGCAAGCCCAACGCGCUCGACAGCAUCAUCAAGACGGAUGUGGUGGCGAAGCUCUACCCGUCUCCGGACACUCUCCUGCGCACCUUUGAGCAGGAUCCUAAGCUGAACUACAAGGCGGCGUCGCGGGACUCGCCGGUGGUGGCGAGCCUGCACGCCUGGGUGACGACUGCGCUUGCGUACCAGCAGGCGUACAACAACCUCAACAACGACAAGAGCAUCCAAGAGCACAACGACGCGAUUGGCGCUGCCAUCGCGGGAAUGAAGGCGUGUCGCGCGAAGAUCGCGACGCUCAAAGACGAGUUGGCCGCGAAGAAGGCGUCGGCGCGUCCUGAGCAGGUGACCUCGUUCGCGAAGACCUCCGUUCUUGUGCCGAUUCCCUUGUCGACCGUCAUUUGCCCGGUGGACGUUGACGGCAAGGUCGAGGGCUGCGUUCUGACAAAUGACGAGGUGACACGUAUUCUCGCAGAUGCGAAGGCAACCCGCUAUCAGCAGAAGCAACAGAUGUGCAUCGUCGUCUCGCGACUUCUCCAGCAGUACGCCACCGCUACCACUACUGACGCCUACGCGAAGGAACUGGAGGAGCGGCUUUUCUUUCUGCAGCACUGCUACGGGGGGGCGCUUCGUGACGCUCAAACGGCUGCGAAGGAAGACAAGAGGCAGCUCGACGAUCUUGCACGCGAGGUGGCGGCGCACCGUCAGAGGCGUUACGACGCGAAGCAGGCACGCGCAAAGGAUCCGGCACUGGCGGCCGAAGAUGACUCCGCACGGCAAAACCCGCGCACCAGCGGCAGCACUGGCAGCAGCCGACGGACUGCGGAUGGCCCUGCCGAGGCAAACAACGCAAAACCCCGCGGCACGGAAUCGCAGGAGCGCGCCUUCGCUGCCACCCAACCGGUGAGUCCGGAGGUAAUCGCGCAGGAGCCCCUCCUAAUAGCAACGGCGAAUGAACUGCAACAGCUGCGCGACGAGGCCGAGAAGCUGGCGCGUGCGGCUGCGGAUCUGCAGGAAAAAGUUGAAAAACUCGACAAGAAGCUAGCGCAAAGCGGUCGCGAGUGUGACGACAGCCUCGGCAAGCUCCAAGCCGCACUGGACGAGCUGGACGACAGAAAGGAAGAGGCCGACAAGUUGGCAGCGGAGAACGCAAAGAUGCAAAACGAGCUGGAACAGCUGCGUAAAGCUGCAGAGCUGGCCGACGACCUCAAGGACGAGCUUGCCAUAAAGGACGCGGACCUCGUCGAUAAAGACGCCGAACUUGCCGCGCACCGCCAGAAGCGCCACGACGCAAAGAAAGCCCGUUCUGAUGAUCCUGAACUCGCUGCGGCAGACAACGCCGGACGUCAACCCGCUACCUCCCGUAAUCGUCAACGCCCGGCGAAUGCGGCGAAGGACUGCAUGGCAGGCAGCAGAGGCGGUGCAACUCACCGGCACGAAGAAGAUCCCGCCUCCGUCCCCGUAGACCCUGCCGUGAUUCAGCGUGAGCAGUUGUACGCCGUGACGCUCGACGAGUACAAGGAGAAGGAUGCGGCCGGCAAAGCCGCUGUGGAGGAAGCGGAGAAGCUACUCGACGAGCUGAACGCUGCGAAACACCAGGAAGAACGUCUUUCAGACGAGCUGGCUGAGAAGGACGCCGAGCUUGCUGCAUUUCGCCAGAAGCGCCAGGACGCGAAGGACGCGCGCGCGGCGGACCCUGAACUGGCUGCCGCCGAUGGUGCCGAUGCUGCGGCGGCUCGCGACGGAGCCGGCGCCGACAACAAGCGUCCUAAGGACCGCAGUGGAGCCAAGAGCCGCCCGGAUGCCGACGCCAAAACUGACGCCGACGCCGACGCCGCAUCAAAGCCCGUGGACCCCGCCGUGAUUGCCGAGGAGCCGCUGUACGUGGCGACGGCGGACGAGCUGCAGCAGCUCCGCGACGACUUGCAGAAGGCGCAGGACGAUGCUGACAAGCUGGCGGACGACCUGGAGCAGCAGAAGGGCGACAACGAAAAGGCCGCCGAUGAUGCUGAGAAGCUUGCGGACGAGCUGGCGAAGGCGCAGGAGGAGGCCGAGAAGCUUGCGGACGAGCUGGCGAAGGCGCAGGAGGAGGCCGAGAAGCUGGCGGACGAGCUGGCCGAGAAGGACGCCGAGCUUGCUGCAUUUCGCCAGAAGCGCCAGGACGCGAAGGACGCGCGCGCGGCGGACCCUGAACUGGCUGCCGCCGAUGGUGCCGAUGCUGCGGCGGCUCGCGACGGAGCCGGCGCCGACAACAAGCGUCCUAAGGACCGCAGUGGAGCCAAGAGCCGCCCGGAUGCCGACGCCAAAACUGACGCCGACGCCGACGCCGCAUCAAAGCCCGUGGACCCCGCCGUGAUUGCCGAGGAGCCGCUGUACGUGGCGACGGCGGACGAGCUGCAGCAGCUCCGCGACGACUUGCAGAAGGCGCAGGACGAUGCUGACAAGCUGGCGGACGACCUGGAGCAGCAGAAGGGCGACAACGAAAAGGCCGCCGAUGAUGCUGAGAAGCUUGCGGACGAGCUGGCGAAGGCGCAGGAGGAGGCCGAGAAGCUUGCGGACGAGCUGGCGAAGGCGCAGGAGGAGGCCGAGAAGCUGGCGGACGAGCUGGCCGAGAAGGACGCCGAGCUUGCUGCAUUUCGCCAGAAGCGCCAGGACGCGAAGGACGCGCGCGCGGCGGACCCUGAACUGGCUGCCGCCGAUGGUGCCGAUGCUGCGGCGGCUCGCGACGGAGCCGGCGCCGACAACAAGCGUCCUAAGGACCGCAGUGGAGCCAAGAGCCGCCCGGAUGCCGACGCCAAAACUGACGCCGACGCCGACGCCGCAUCAAAGCCCGUGGACCCCGCCGUGAUUGCCGAGGAGCCGCUGUACGUGGCGACGGCGGACGAGCUGCAGCAGCUGCGCGAUAAGUUGAAGGACAACGAAUGUGAGCUGGCCGCGGCGAAGGACGAGCUGGAAGCAGCGUUGGCGGGGCAUGAGGAGCAGAGCCGUGACGUUGCGGGGGAGAAUGACACUCUGAGGAAUCAGCUGGACGAGUUGGACGACGCUAACAAGAAGCUCGCCAAGGAUCUAUCGAACGCAGAAGACGAAAAGCAGCGGCUGUGCGAUGACUUGGAGGCGGCGCUAGACGAUUUAGAGCAGAAGAAGGAUGACUACGAACAACUUCUCGAGAAUCUGGAGCAAGUCGAGGGGCUGCUGGAGGCGUCAAAGGCAUCGGGGCGUAGUGCUGUGGAUGCACUGGAGCAACGAAACCUGGAGAUGGCAGACCUGCAAGACGAACUGGCGGAGGCGUUGGAGGCCUGCAAAGAAAAUGAGCGGCUUCGUGCUGAGCUAGAGGCCAAGGAUAAGGAAUUCGCCGAUCUGAUGAGGCACAAUGAACUGUGGCGCGACCCCGCACCGGCCGAGGAUGCUGCCAAGGCGAAGGUUACUCACCGAUUUACAAAGAUUUUUGACGGGGACUGGACUCGACUGAUCCAGCAGCGACCUGAGGCACUGAUGACUGCUUUCGUGACUGAUUCAAGCAACGCGUGUCAUGUACCCGGGGACCAGAUCAACCAGGUUGCUUUCGACCACGAUUGA